AUGGCGGCAGGGUGCUGCGGGGUGAAGAAGCAGAAGUUGUCGGGGUCCCCCGGGGCUGGGGGUCCCGGCGGGGCGGGCAGCGGAGUAGCCGGGACCGGACAUUGUGGAUCGGAAUUGGGGAUCGGGUCGUCGUCGACUCUUGUGGCCGGGAACGUGAAUCGGGUGAACGGCCUGGGGGGUCCGGGGGGUAGUAGUAGCAGCAGCAGCAGCAGCAGCAACAACACCAAUGAUCUUUGCCAUCUAUACGGAUACCAGCCUCCUCGAACACCCAGGUUUACAAACGACCCCUACCCACUGUUUGUUACUUGGAAAAUCGGCCGGGACAAGCGGUUAAGGGGUUGUAUAGGUACAUUUUCUGCCAUGAACCUGCACUCAGGACUCAGGGAGUACACCCUUACCAGUGCCCUUAAAGACAGUCGCUUUCCCCCCAUGACGAGGGACGAGCUGCCGCGCCUCUUCUGCUCAGUGUCUCUGCUCACCAACUUUGAGGAUGUUGGUGAUUACCUAGACUGGGAGGUGGGUGUUCACGGCAUUAGGAUAGAAUUUUUUAAUGAAAAAGGAUCAAAGCGCACCGCCACCUACCUGCCAGAGGUUGCGAAGGAGCAAGGAUGGGACCACAUUCAGACCAUAGAUUCCUUACUUCGAAAGGGAGGUUACAAAGCUCCCAUUACAAAUGACUUCAGGAAGACUAUUAAAUUGACCAGGUACCGUAGUGAAAAGAUGACCAUGAGCUACGCAGAAUACAUCGCCCACCGCCAGCAUCAUCACUACCAGAAUGGCAUCGGGCACCCUCUCCCUCCGUACAACCAUUAUUCCUGACAGCGAGCCGCAUGACCAGUCACUGGACCU